UGACACGAUGUGCAAGCUCACUCUAACUGCAGGUCUCUGCGUGAUCAUCGCCAGCUUGGGGUUACCUGGCCUUGCGACAGGAGCUCCUGCAAACCCCUGUCAAGGGAAAGCAGAUGGGAACUACGCUAAGCCUGAUGACGACAAUUCUUUUUACCAAUGUGUAGCUGGAAAAACCUACGUCCAACCAUGCCCAGCAGGUUUGGUGUAUAGUGUAUCCAAAGAUGCCUGUGACUAUCCUGCUAAAUCUGUCAUUCCAGUACAAGGAUUCUGUAGUGGUAAAGCGGAUGGGAACUACGCUAAGCCUGAUGACGACAAUUCUUUUUACCAAUGUGUAGCUGGAAAAACCUACGUCCAACCAUGCCCAGCAGGUUUGGUGUAUAGUGUAUCCAAAGAUGCCUGUGACUAUCCUGCUAAAUCUGUCAUUCCAGUACAAGGAUUCUGUAGUGGUAAAGCGGAUGGGAACUACGCUAAGCCUGAUGACGACAAUUCUUUUUACCAAUGUGUAGCUGGAAAAACCUACGUCCAACCAUGCCCAGCAGGUUUGGUGUAUAGUGUAUCCAAAGAUGCCUGUGACUAUCCUGCUAAAUCUGUCAUUCCAGUACAAGGAUUCUGUAGUGGUAAAGCGGAUGGGAACUACGCUAAGCCUGAUGACGACAAUUCUUUUUACCAAUGUGUAGCUGGAAAUACCUACGUCCAACCAUGCCAAGCAGGUUUGGUGUAUAGUGUAGCCAAAGAUGCCUGUGACUAUCCUGCUAAAUCUGUCAUUACAGUACAAGGAUUCUGUAGUGGUAAAGCGGAUGGGAACUACGCUAAGCCUGAUGACGACAAUUCUUUUUACCAAUGUGUAGCUGGAAAUACCUACGUCCAACCAUGCCAAGCAGGUUUGGUGUAUAGUGUAUCCAAAGAUGCCUGUGACUAUCCUGCUAAAUCUGUCAUUCCAGUACAAGGAUUCUGUAGUGGUAAAGCGGAUGGGAACUACGCUAAGCCUGAUGACGACAAUUCUUUUUACCAAUGUGUAGCUGGAAAAACCUACGUCCAACCAUGCCCAGCAGGUUUGGUGUAUAGUGUAUCCAAAGAUGCCUGUGACUAUCCUGCUAAAUCUGUCAUUCCAGUACAAGGAUUCUGUAGUGGUAAAGCGGAUGGGAACUACGCUAAGCCUGAUGACGACAAUUCUUUUUACCAAUGUGUAGCUGGAAAAACCUACGUCCAACCAUGCCCAGCAGGUUUGGUGUAUAGUGUAUCCAAAGAUGCCUGUGACUAUCCUGCUAAAUCUGUCAUUACAGUACAAGGAUUCUGUAGUGGUAAAGCGGAUGGGAACUACGCUAAGCCUGAUGACGACAAUUCUUUUUACCAAUGUGUAGCUGGAAAUACCUACGUCCAACCAUGCCAAGCAGGUUUGGUGUAUAGUGUAUCCAAAGAUGCCUGUGACUAUCCUACUCCUGGUAAUGCUCUUGCUCAAGAUCAAGAUCCCAGUCCAGUUCUAAUAUUCUGUGUCGGUAAAGCAAAUGGGUACUAUGCUAACCCUACUGACCAACAUUCUUUUUACCAAUGUCAUGCUGGAAAAUCCUACCUCCAUCCAUGCCCAGCCGGUUUGGUGUUUAAUGCAGCCAUAAAUGUAUGUGACUAUCCUGCUUCACCCAAGUAGUACACCUAAAGGAUACUGUCACGGUAGAAAAGAUGGGAACUACUGCAACCCUGAUGACCGACAUUGUUAUUACAGCUGUGUAGGUAGAACAGCCUACAUCCCAAAAUUCCCAGACAAUUUGGUGCAUAAAAGAUUCAGUAGUCGCUACAUCCCACAUCCACUACGACAAAAACAACAACCUCCACUACAGAUUUUACAACUCCCAAAAGCAAAUCAACUUAUUUAGACAUUGUCACAUUCUGUUAAAUGUCCAACUUCCUGUGAUUCUUCAUUGUGGCUUGAAAUGAAAAGUUAUAUAAUAGUUGUUUCUGCUCAUUUACCUGACAUGCCUUACUUAACUUCAUGAUUGUUGUUAAUAAAUUAGGCCUAUGUGAUUGUUGGUAUAUUUAAUCGUAAGGGUGUGUUCUCUAUGUUCUUUUGGUUUAGCAUUUAGUGAAUGGCUUUGUUUUACAUUAUGACAGAUAUGUUGCAUAUUCUGUCAUUGUUGGUGUAUUUAAUCAUAUGGGUGUGUUUACUGUAUAAUGGAACAAUAAAAUAGCACAAAUAUACCAGACUUAUAAUGGCACGUUUUUUGAGGGUUUUGAUCUUCAUUUGGUUGUUCUGUAUUGGCUGCGCUAUAAUAUUACGGUGUAAAAAUAGUGAAACGAUGAAUCAAUAAAAUAUCACAAUUAUAACUGA